AUGGCGGCCUUCCGCGAUAUUGAGGAGGUGAGCCAGGGGCUGCUGAGCCUGUUGGGCGUCAACCGCGCCGAGGCACAACAGCGGCGGCUGCUGGGUCGCCACGAACAGGUGUUGGAGCGGCUUCUGGAGACGCAAGACGGCGCCGAGCAGCGGCUGCGAGAGACCCUGGCGGUAGAGAAGGAAGUGGCCCAAAGCCUUCUUGAGUGUAAGGAGCAUGUGUGCCAGAGGGGCGUCGAGCUGGAGCAGCUGAAAGCCGAGCUCCAGAAGUCGGCCGAGGAGGACGCCCGCCUGCAGAGCAGCCUCCUUCAGCUCACCAGGGAGCUGCAGGAGCUCAGGGAGAUGGAGGCUGACCUGGAGAGACAGGAGAAAGAA